CGUGCUCCUGGCCAUGGCACUGGGGCUGCUCAUCGCGGUGCCACUGCUGCUGCAGGCGACAACCCCCGGAGCAGCACACUACGAGAUGAUGGGCACCUGCCGCAUGAUCUGCGAUCCAUACAGCGCUGCACCGGGCGGGGGCCCUGCGGGCGCCAAGGCGUCGCCACCUGGACCCAGCACUGCUGCCCUAGAAGUCAUGCAAGACCUGAGCGCCAACCCUCCACCCCCUUUCAUUCAGGGACCCAAAGGCGACCCCGGGCGACCUGGCAAGCCCGGGCCGCGGGGGCCCCCUGGAGAGCCGGGCCCGCCUGGUCCCAGGGGUCCUCCAGGGGAGAAGGGCGACUCGGGGCGGCCCGGGCUGCCAGGGCUGCAGCUUACAGCUGGAGCUUCAGGAGGUGACGGGGUGGUGGGUGGCGGAACCCGGGGCGGCGAUGAUUCUGAGGGCGAAGUGACCGGCGCUCUCAGCGCUGCCUUCAGUGGUCCAAAGAUAGCCUUCUACGUGGGUCUCAAGAGCCCUCACGAAGGCUACGAGGUGUUAAAGUUCGAUGACGUGGUUACCAAUCUCGGUAAUCACUAUGACCCAACUACCGGCAAGUUCAGCUGCCAGGUACGCGGCAUCUACUUCUUCACCUACCACAUCCUAAUGCGCGGCGGCGACGGCACCAGCAUGUGGGCAGACCUUUGCAAGAACGGGCAGGUCCGGGCCAGCGCUAUCGCGCAGGACGCUGACCAGAACUAUGACUACGCCAGUAACAGCGUGGUGCUUCACCUCGAUGCUGGGGACGAAGUGUAUGUGAAGCUGGAUGGCGGGAAGGCGCAUGGAGGAAAUAACAACAAGUACAGCACGUUCUCCGGCUUUCUUCUCUACCCGGACUAGAGUCGCAGUGAGCGCGAGGUGAGGUGGCUUCAGGCCGCCCCAUACUCAUAGGGGCGCGCUGUUCCCUAGCAAGGACCACUCUCGCUUCAUGACAGUUCUGAUACCGUUGGAAAAGACACAUUCCUGCUGUCCUCCCUGCCCCGCUCCCGUCCUCAGUGUGUCUGCGACUCACUGCGCUCUGAGCAGUGCUCCUGGUUCAUGUCCCCAACCUGGGGAGGGGGAGGGCAACGCCAACGUGGGGAGAUGAGCGUGACCUGAACUCCAGAGGCGGUGGACAGUGGCAGGGUGGCCGCAGCACAGUUUGCAAACCUGAUUGGACUGGGCAGGCUGGGUGGAUUAACUGCCCUCUUCCAGUCCCUCCUCCUGCAAGUGCCCUGAGACCGAGGCCUUCCACUCCUGGCCAGCGGAGGUAGGCCAAAAUGAGCAUGACCUCCCUGGGGUGUCCUUUGAGACUCUAAAUACUUGUGCAAAUGUCCCUGUCCAUCAGUCAAAACCCCACCGCUGAAGAGUCCCAGCAAAGGGAAAAUUCGCUUCUUCACCGUACUCCUGACUCAGACCAACUGCGAUGCAUUAAAUUAUGUUUCUAGAC